AUGAUCGCCACAGCCUCUGCUAGUCACCCAAAGCGAUUUGGUCGCAAUGACGUCCGUCGGUCGGCUACUACCAAAUCAGCGUCAGGUGCACCGGGAUUGAAACGCAGUGCGACCACUUCCACAGCCAAGACCAGCACGACUAGUACCAGUGGCAGUGGCAGUGGACUCCGACGCACAGCCACUACCAGCACAGCCAAUGCGGUUCCGUCCAUGUUUCGCUCAGCGACUACCGCAUCUCCCAAGAAAAGCAGGAGCAAAAGCAGCAGCAACAAUAAUAAUAAUAAUACAUCGCCACUCCGACGCAGCAACACGACCUCGUCGAAUGACUCGAUUCGAUCGACUCGAUCCAGCGGAGCAAGUGUGACUGGAAUGAGAACAAGCAAUAAGAAACUUGCUGCCAAUGCUCCGCGCAGUUCAUCGAGCAGUGUCACGUCCAGUGUGACGGGCGCCAUUGGAGACAUGUUAACACUGGGCAGUGCUGCCAAAGACAAUGUUCCCUUUGAAUUGGCCAUUCGACGGUGUAUUCCUUCCGAAUUCGUCCUCAUUGCCAGUCAAGACGAUCGCACACAAGCGCAAGAAGACUUUUUUGCCAUGGAAAACUUUGACAUGAAACGACACGUGCCAAAGUUUGUCAUGAAAGCCAAUGCCGGGUCCGUCGCGACUACCGCAUUGUUGCAGUUGAUGUACGAGAAUCCAAAUCGCAUGAUUGCCGGUGGGAGUGGAACUCCCAUUUCCGUUUUCGAAUUGUCACGUCAACUCAAGCAACGCAUUAAAAAAUGCACCAAAUUGACGGCGCAUCCCACCAUUUCGUCGUCACGACCACUGGGACCGCCACGAAUGGAUCGAGGAGAAUACGCACCCUUUUAUAUUGUGCCGCCCGACAAUACUCGGGGCACACGACGCGCACUCCUGAUUGGUGUCAUUACCGGACAAGGGCCUGAUUUGAAGGGACCACCCAAUGAUAUUACCAACAUUCAACAGUUUCUCGAAAAACACUGUGGAUUCAAACGACACAACAUUACCGUGUUGCAAGAUUACUACGAACAACCCAGUGUCCAAAAACCCACCAAACGGAACAUUCUACAGGGAUUUCAAAAGUUGGUACAACAAUCGCAACCGGGCGAUGUCUGUUUCAUUCAAUUUACUGGACACGGUGGACGCGUUGGUAAUCAACUCUACAUUUGUCCAUCCGACUAUAAAAAGGCCGGUCAAGUCAGUGAUGAAAUGAUCAUGAAGGAUCUCAUCAAGGCCAUGCCGGAAGGCGUUUACAGCACCAUGUUGGUCGAUUGUUGCUACAGUGGUACCGUCGGAGAUUUGCCCUACGUUCUCCAACACAACAAGACCAAACAACAGAUUGAUCCAUAUUAUGAUACCAAGAUGAGAAAGGAAAUGAUUCAACUCGAACAAGAACACAAUCCCGAAUAUCUCGCAUACAAGCAAGCUCGUGCCGAACAACGUCUCAUGGGACGUCUCGCGGCGGCCGUGGUGGAUGCUGCCGCUGCCACUGGAAAAGCUGCUGCCAAUGCUACUUUGGCCGUUGGAAAUGCGGGAGUCAAUGCUGUGGCGUACACGGGCAAGACCGCCGCCAAUGCCACCAUGGCGGUUGGAAAAGGAAGUGUCAAUGCCACAUUGGCGGUUGGAAAUGCCGGAGUCAAUGCCGUCACAUUCACCGGCAAGACAGCUGCCAAUGCUACCAUGGCCGUCGGCAAGGGCUCUGUCAAUGCUGUGACUGCCGUUGGAAAAGGAGGAGUCAAUGCCGUUUCGGCGGUUGGAAAAGGAGGUGUGAAUGCCGUUUCCGCGGUUGGAAAGGGCAGUGUCAAUGCUGUCACUGCUGUUGGAAAAGGAGGUGUGAAUGCAGUAUCUGCGGUUGGAAAGGGUGGCGUGAAUGCCGUAUCUGCGGUUGGAAAAGGAAGUGUCAACGCGGUGACGGCGGUUGGAAAAGGUGGCGUGAAUGCAGUAUCUGCGGUUGGAAAAGGAAGCGUGAAUGCCGUGACAGCAGUUGGAAAAGGAGGUGUAAAUGCAGUGACGGCGGUCGGCAAGGGUGGAGUCAAUGCGGUCUCAACGGUCGGCAAGGGUGGUGUGUCAGCCGUCUCGGCCGCUGUGCGAACUUCGGCUGGAGCUGCCAGUUUGGCGGCAGCUGCUGCAGCGUCAGUUGCGGCAGCUCCGGUUCGAGGAGGUGCCGCCGUAGCACAAGGACUCCGGAAUUCCACCGGGAGCAUGGGAUUGCGACGAAGCAAGACAUGCGAACCCACCUUGGGCAAGAAAAAGAACAUGGAUGGAGUGCCAUCCAUGUUCGUGUCGAGCCAAGAGGAAUGGGAAGAUCUCAUUUUGAGGCGUACCAACACGUCUCCUGCUUCCACCAGUGCUGCUGACGACAGCAACAAGCAAGCACCCAAAAGGAACGUCAGUUUCAACCAGGAUGAUGAUGACGACGCGCGAAAUGCUGCCUGUCACAGUCCCAAAAAGAGCGAUGUGGCUCAUGUCCGAGGAGCACUGGCAGCGGUCGGUCGCCGCCGAUCCUUUUACAAAAAAGAGUCAGCCUUUGAAGAAGCCAUGUCCAAGUCCAGGAGAGACGUGCAACAACAACAAUUCCAACAAGACUGUCACAACAAUUCCAUGCGCCUGGACGAACUCGAGUACAAUGAUCACUAUGAUGACCCUGCUGCGCAUCGACCCUCCUCUUCCUACAGCAGCUACGGUCGUCGAGACUCGAAUGAAUCCUCCAACAACAGCUUGCGAUCUCGGUCCAGCCACAACAGCAAGAAUACCUGUUCCACGGCCAGUAUGUCCUCUUCCUCCUGUUCUUCCAAUUCCAGCAACGAGGACGACAGUGCCCCGGAACAAAAGCGCUCAUCCUUGGGAUCAGCAUUGCGACGCGUGGCUACAUCCACUGGACUUCGUCGUACUAACAGCAACGCUUCGGCGGGGUCGGCUUCGUCCAAGGGCAGCAAGAGCAGCAAAAAGGCCGCCAGAGAAGAAGAAAAGGCACGAAAGGCAGCAGUGGAACGAUCCAAGAAAGAAGCGGAAGAUGCACGACAACAGCAGGACGUUGGAGAAGAGCCACAAGCGGAAGAAGAAGCGCCCAACAAUAAAAAUGUUCGCGUGUCCCGCACUGCCCGAUUGUCUCGCUCCAAGAAGCAAAAGGAACCUUCCGACAACAAUGGCAGCAGCAGUAGCAAGCUAUCUUUCUCAUCGGCAUUUUCCAACGCGGCCAAGAGCACUUUCCGAAGAUCCAAAACGGCACCUACUCGCAAGGAGGAUGCCGCGGAGGACGAUACUAUGAAGAUGGCAAUGGAGGCCGAAGAGGCGGCAAGGCAGGAAGCCAUGGAGAGAUCCAGGAGGGAAGCUGCUGAAGCCAGAGAGAGUCUGAGGUCGAGUCAGUCAUCUGCAGCUCCCAGGAGGAAUACGGUCAUCAACAUGAAAUUGGCAAUGGAGGCGGAAGCAGCGGCAAGACAAGAAGCUUUGGACAGAUCUCGCCGAGAAGCUGCCGAGGCACGAGAAAUGGCAAGGCUGUCAGCGUCGUCAGCAGCGUCAUCGUCAGCGUCUGGUCGUGCUCGACCAAGAAAGUCGGUCUUGGAUAUUGCCAUGGCGUUUGAGUCCAACAAAGGCAAAGACGAGGAACAGCCACCCAAACGGGAUUUCGCUACUAGCGGAAAUGCGAUGAGGGACUCUGUCUCGGACAUGGCAAAAUCCAUGGGAUUAGAUAUGUCUGACAGCGAAGCGGACGGCGAAGAUGACCUGACCGAGCUCCCAGCCAUGCAGUCGCGAACAGCCUCUUUCAAUCGCAACUCUGGCAACCCAACGAAGGAGGCAGCAGAAAACGAACAGCCUACUGCCCGCAGCAGUGCCUUUCUCCGAAGGAACACCGCAGUGAAUAUGGCAAUGGCCCAAGAUGACGAGGAAAGGGCCAGAAAGGAAGCUAUGGAGAGGUCUAGACGAGAAGCCCAAGAAGCUCGAGAGGCUGCCAGGAGGUCCAAGAGAAGCUCCUGGCAGCCACCCAAGCCAGAGCCUCGCAAAGAACCAGAGGACUUCCGCCAGCGAGCUAAAGGAAGGAAGUCUGUGUUGGAGAUGGCAAUGAAAUUCAACUCCUCAGACCUGGACAUAUCUGAAAGCGAGGGAGGGGAUGAGGACAAGCUCCCUGCGGAAGAGUCGCCACCAGUGUCCCCUGUUCGCUUCAGCGCCAGGAAAUCGGUACUUAAUUUCAUGUUGCCGGUAGCCGAUGACAACAAAGAAGAGUCACCACCAGUAUCUCCUGUUCGUUUCAGCGCGAGGAAGUCAGUAAUGAAUUUCAAUUUGCCCAUCAAUGACGAAGACAAGGAAGAGUCCCCUCCAGUUUCCCCUGUUCGUUUCAGCGCGAGGAAGUCAGUAAUCAGUUUCAAGUUGCCCAUCAAUGACGAAGACAAGGAAGAGUCUCCUCCAGUUUCCCCAGUACGUUUCAGUGCCAGGAAAUCGAGCGUAAACUUCCAGUUGCCCAUCAAUGAAGACGAAGAAGAGUCGCCUCCUGUGUCACCAGUGCGUUUCAGUGCUAGGAAAUCUGCUGUGAACUUGCAGGUCCCAGUCAACGAGACUGAGGACGAAGAAGAAAAUACUCCCGCCAACAACCCCGAAAAGAGAUCGUCUUCAUUGGCCAUGGCCUUGAAUGCCAUGGGAUUGGAUUUGUCGGAGAGUGAGGUGGACGGCGAGGAUGACUUGACUCCUGCUCGGAAUCCACGCACCAGCCCUGCUCUUGCCGUUCAGCUUGAAGAGGACGAGUCGGAGGAAGAGUACGUCGAAGACAUGUCUGAGCAUGAGCCAGAGGAGCCCGCUAGAUCUGGUUCCUUUGCUGGUAGGAGGCGGAAUACUGCCAUCAAUAUGGCAAUGGCACAGGAUGAAGAGGAGAAAGCCCGAAAAGAAGCUAUGGAGCGUUCCAGGCGCGAAGCCCAAGAGGCCCGCGAGGCUGCGAGAAAAGCCAGAAUGGGAGGUGCUGCAGCCCCUCCUCCAGCACAACCCAAACAGCGCCGAAACACAGCGCUCAAUUUCGCAAAGGCCAUGGAGGCGGAAGAAAAAGCCAGGCAGGAGGCCUUGGAGCGAUCAAGACGCGAAGCGCAAGAGGCCAGAGAGGCAGCAAGAAAGGCCCGUAGUGGUGGCGCGAGUCCAGCACAACCCAAGCAACGUCGGAACACAGCACUCAACUUUGCAAUGGCCGUGGAGGCGGAAGAAAAAGCCAGGCAAGAGGCCUUGGAGCGAUCCAGACGCGAAGCCCAAGAGGCCCGAGAAGCCGCACGAAGAGCACGGCUGGGACGGUAUUGA